AUGGAGCCGCCGCGGAGCCUCCCGGGGCUGGAGCGGGAGCGCGGCGCGCUGGACGCGGCCGGAGGGUGCCCGUCCCCGCUGGACGCCAAGGCCGUGCCCGGCAGGAAGGUCUGGGUCAAGCUGCGGGCGCUGCUCCGUUUCCUGGUGAAGCAGCUGGAGGCGGGCGAGGUGAGCGUGGAGGAGCUGAAGCGCAACCUGGAGUACGCGGCCUCGCUGCUCGAGGCCGUGUGCAUCGACGAGACCAGGCAGGUGCUGGACACGGAGGACGAGCUGCGGGACAUGGGCUCGGACGCGGCCGUGCCCUCCGAGGUGCGCGACUGGCUGGCGGCCACCUUCACGCAGCAGGCGCGGGCCAAGGGGCGCCGCGCCGAGGAAAAACCCAAAUUCCGCAGCAUCGUGCACGCCGUGCAGGCCGGCAUCUUCGUGGAGAGGAUGUUCCGCCGGACAUACACGGCCGUGGGGCCGAGCUACUCCUCCUCCGUCCUCAACUGCCUGAAGGGGCUGGACCAGUGGUGCUUUGACGUGUUCUCGCUGCACCGCGCGGCCGAGGAGCACUCGCUGCGCACGGUGGUGUUCGAGCUCUUCACCCGCCACAACCUCAACAGCCGCUUCAAGAUUCCCGGCGCGUUCCUGACGUCGCUGCUGGAGGCGCUGGAGGGCGGCUACGGAAAGUUCCGGAACCCCUACCACAACCAGGUGCACGCGGCCGACGUCACCCAGACCGUGCACUGCUUCCUGCUGCGCACCGGCAUGCUGCACUGCCUGUCCGAGAUCGAGCUCCUGGCCAUCGUCUUCGCCGCCGCCAUCCACGACUUCGAGCACACGGGGACAACGAACAGCUUCCACAUCCAGACCAAGUCGGACACGGCCAUCCUGUACAACGACCGCUCGGUGCUGGAGAACCACCACAUCAGCGCCGUGUUCCGCCUGAUGCAGGACGAGGAGCUCAACAUCUUCGUCAACCUCACCAAGGACGAGUUCGCGGAGCUGCGGGCGCUGGUCAUCGAGAUGGUCCUGGCCACCGACAUGUCCUGCCACUUCCAGCAGGUCAAGUCCAUGAAGACGGCGCUGCAGCAGCUGGAGAGGCUGGACAAGUCCAAGGUGCUGUCGCUGCUGCUGCACGCGGCCGACAUCAGCCACCCCACCAAGCAGUGGGCGGUGCACAGCCGCUGGACCAAGGCCCUCAUGGAGGAGUUCUUCCGGCAGGGGGACAAGGAGGCCGAGCUGGGGCUGCCCUUCUCGCCCCUCUGCGACCGCACCUCCACGCUGGUGGCCCAGUCGCAGAUCGGUGAGUCCGGGCGCGGUUCCUGUCCCUGUCCUGUCCCUGUCCUGUCCCCAUGCCAUCCCCACGCUGCCCUCGGUGUGUCCCCAGCAACGCCGUGUCCCCUCCUGUCCCCAGGGUUCAUCGACUUCAUCGUGGAGCCGACGUUCUCGGUGCUCACCGACGUGGCCGAGAAGUUGGUGACGCCGCUGGCCGAGGACGGCUCCAAGGCCAAGGGCAACCCUGCGGCCACCCAGCAGCCCAGCUCGCAGUGGCGGCAGCCGUCCCUGGAUGAGCACCUGGAGGUGGGGGACAUCAAAGCCGACCUGGCCGGGUUCCGCUCCACCUGGACCAAGCACAUCCAGGAGAACAAGCAGAAGUGGAAGGAGAGGGCGGCCAGCGGCAUCACCAACCAGGCAUCCAUCGAUGAGCUGUCCCCGUGCGAGGAGCCCGCGGCCACCGGGACCCACAGCGAGAACGGGGACGUGGAAUAGCGGCGGGAGGAGCCAGGUCCUUGUCCGGCGAGUGACACCGUCUCGUCUUCGAUGCCAUCGAGUUCAGCACCAUCCACAGGGCAGCAGCCCCCGGGGCCGGGCUCGGAUGGGUGUCACCGCUGUGCCAGGACCGGUGUCACUGCUGUGCCAGGACCGGUGUCACCUCUGUGCCAGGAGUCCCUGGGGCUGGGCUCGGAUCGGUGUCACCUCUGUGCCAGGACCGGUGUCACCACCGCGCCAGGACCGGUGUCACCUCCGUGCCAGGACCGGUGUCGCCGCUGUGCCAGGAUCGGUGUCACCUCUGUGCCAGGACCGGUGUCACCACCGUGCCAGGAGCCCCCCGGGCUGUCCCCUCUGUCCCGGUGUCACCGGUCCCUCACUGCCACCCCCGGCCCCCGCCGGGCUCGGUCCUUUGGGAUUUUUAAAAACGCUUUUCCCGCGCGGGAGGGCCUGGGGCGGGGACGGUGGCGCUGGGGACAGCCAGGGGGGGACAAGCUGGGGACAGCC